UCAGCGUCACUUAGGUGUUCUCACCCUCUAAUGGGAACACUGGCCUGGGAUUAAAGCCCAGACCGCCAUCCCGAGAAGUCGGGAGCCUCCAACUGGGAACCUUCUACACUUUUUUCAGGCGACCUUACAGCAGCACCAACAACCGCAAUGAGAAUUCUAAUCUCUUCCCUCCUUCUGUUGCUGCCACUAAUGCUGAUGCCUAUGGUCUCUAGCAGCCCAAAUGCAGGGGUUGCCAGAGGCCAUCGGGACCAACGCCAGCCUCCUCGGAGGUGGCUCCUUGAAGGCAGCCAAGAAUGUGAGUGCAAAGACUGGUUCCUGAGAGCUCCUAAAAGAAAACUCAUGACAGUGUCCGAGCUGCCAAAGAAGCAGUGUCCGUGUGACCAUUUCAAGGGCAGUGUGAAAAAAACCAGGCAUCAAAGGCACCACAGGAAGCCAAAGAAGCACUCCAGAGCCUGCCAGCAAUUUCUCAAACGAUGUCAGCUAGAAAGCUUUGCUCUGCCUUUAUAGGAGCCCUGAGGGCCCAGUCCCCCAAUGAAAUAGUCUCAGUCCAGAAGGCAGGGAGUGCACCUAGAUGUUCUUCUCCCACUUGCAAGCUCUCCCUCCCUGUCCCUACUCCAGAGUUCUCACAAAGCAUUUUCCCCAAGGUUACUGCUCCCUCUAGUGCCCUCUUCUCUUGUCUUUUCCUGUGCCCUAUCUCCCCACCCCCAACCCAUUCCCUGGGCUUAACCUUAAUUACCUGAAAGAAACCUGGAAACCCCAAUUUCUUAGCUGGUCCCAAAUGACCCUAAAUAUAACCAGGCAAGUAGCACACAGAAGCCAAUAAAUAUUUUUAAAUGCAA